GAACCACCAGCCUGGUUGAGAGAAUGUGUGGAAAGAUAAAUCAGCUUCUCCUUCUUCUAUAUCCACAUCACCUCAAUACUUCACCCCCUCCCCCCCAUUCUCGUUUCACUCUGUUACUUCUGCUUGAGGGUAUCAUCGCGCGAUUAAUUAAUAUUCCUCUGUGAACCUAGUAUGAAUCACCGAGGCAGACGGAGUGUUUGUUCCCAACUUCGUUUGACCUACAUUGCCAUUAGCUUCCUCCUGGUUAUCCUCACGCAACCAAUACUCGCUAGAUUGUCGAUGAAAGUUGCUGUUAUAGGGUCUAGAGUUUCUAGCUUAGUUGCGGCAUGGGCUCUAAACGAACAUAAUCCUCAUGAAGUCGAAGAUCGUGCGGGAAGACACGCAAAUACGAUUAGAUACAUACAUCUAGGUAUAUCAGACGGAGACGCAGUUGACGUGGACACAGGAUUCGUACGUGCUGGUCAUUUCACUUUCACUUUCUUGCAUCUCGCGCCGUAUGAUUAAGAACUAUUUUUGAUAGUUUCUGUAGCCUGUGACAACUGCGAUAUGAAGUACACCGCCUGAGAAGUGCUUUAUGAACUUCUCUGCUCGGACUUUGGUACAAUUCAUGAGUACUUGAGUAAUCACCACCUUCUACAGAGUACGGGCAAGCCGUCGUG